CAGCUCUGAUCUCUGAAGAAGAAGACUACUGAGUACAAAAAUUACUGCGUUUUUGUUGCUAUUUCUUCCUUCGGAUGCUGAAACAUUGGAGAAUCUGCGAAUCCAAGUCCGUGUUUACUUAUCUUCUGGUUGCGGUGUUGUGGCGGUUUGAUUUCUACUAGUUUCUGUUGUAUUUUGUGGAUUAUAUGAUGCUUAUAGUGAGACUACUAUAGCCGUUGGAAUCAUGGAAGAGAUUCGGUUAUCACCGCUGAGACAGACAAGCGUUAAGUCUUCGCUGUCAGGGAGGUCUACCCCAAGGGGUUCACCUAGAGUGCAUUCUGGUAGGACACCGCGUAGAGUUCAUGGGGGAGGAGGAGCUGUUCAGUGGUUCCGUAGUAGUCGGCUGGUUUAUUGGCUGCUUUUGAUUACUCUCUGGACGUAUCUUGGAUUUUAUGUGCAGUCUAGGUGGGCGCAUGAUAAUGAAAACAAAGUUGAGUUUUUGCGGUUUGGAGGCAGACCGAGAAAGGAUGUUUUCUAUGUGGAGACGAAUAAAGAAGCUGUUGCUGAUGACGAGAAGAAGUCUGAUGGUUUUCUGAACAUUACCAGUACGGAUGAUGCUAGUUUGAAUAAGAGGACGGAUGUUAGUCUGACCAAGAAAGAUGAUGGGGCUUCUCGACGAAGCUUGAGUUCCAAGCAGAAGACGAAAAAAUCUGGCCGGACUUCACGUAGUAAGAUCCGUGGUAAGCCGAAGGUAAGUAAAGAGGUACUUGAGACUAAGGAUUUGGAUGAUGAGCAAGAUCCUCAACUUCCAAUGACAAAUGCUACUUAUGGUAAGCUUCUUGGUCCCUUUGGAUCACUAGAGGAUAGAGUUCUUGAAUGGAGCCCACAUAGACGGUCUGGGACUUGCGACCGGAAAUCAGAUUUUAAACGCUUUGUUUGGUCAAGGAGAUUUGUCCUUGUAUUCCACGAGCUAUCAAUGACUGGCGCUCCAAUCUCAAUGAUGGAGCUGGCUUCAGAGCUUUUGAGCUGUGGUGCAACAGUCUCCGCAGUAGUUCUCAGCAGGAGGGGUGGAUUGAUGCAAGAGCUCAAUAGGAGAAGGAUCAAAGUGGUCGAAGACAAAGGAGAACUCAGCUUCAAGACCGCCAUGAAAGCAGAUUUGGUCAUUGCAGGAUCAGCAGUAUGUACCUCAUGGAUAGAUCAAUACAUGAAUCAUUUUCCAGCUGGUGGAAGUCAAAUAGCUUGGUGGAUAAUGGAAAAUCGACGAGAAUACUUUGAUCGAGCGAAGCCAGUACUUGACCGAGUGAAAAUGCUGAUUUUCUUAUCUGAAUCACAGAGUAGACAAUGGUUAACAUGGUGCGAGGAGGAGCAUAUAAAGCUUAGAUCACAACCAGUAAUUGUUCCACUCUCUGUAAAUGAUGAGUUAGCUUUUGUAGCUGGAAUUCCUUCCUCACUCAACACACCAACGCUUUCUCCAGAGAAAAUGAGGGAGAAGAGACAAAUAUUACGGGAAUCAGUGAGAACAGUGUUAGGUUUAACAGAUGCAGAUAUGCUUGUGAUGUCUCUUAGCAGCAUAAACCCAGGAAAGGGACAACUUCUUCUCCUUGAAUCUAUUGCCUUAGCACUUGAUGAGAGAGAACAAGAAGCUUCAAGGAAUCACAAGGGCAUCAUUAGGAAAGAAAAGGUUAGUCACUCCAGCAAACAUCGUUUAAGAGGUUCAUCCCGACAGAUGAAAAGUGUUUCUCUUACACUUGACAAUGGUGUAAGAAGACAGAAGCAAGAACUUAAAGUUCUUCUAGGAUCAGUGGGUUCAAAGAGCAACAAAGUUGGAUACGUUCAAGAGAUGUUAAGCUUCUUAUCAAACAACGGAAACUUGUCUAAGUCAGUUAUGUGGACUCCAGCAACAACUCGCGUUGCUUCUUUAUACUCUGCAGCAGAUGUCUACGUUACAAACUCCCAGGGAGUUGGUGAAACAUUUGGGAGAGUAACUAUCGAAGCAAUGGCUUAUGGACUGGCAGUGGUGGGAACAGACGCAGGAGGAACCAAAGAGAUGGUGCAACACAACGUGACUGGUCUGCUUCACUCGAUGGGACGAUCAGGUAACAAGGAAUUGGCUCAUAACCUCUUGUUUCUACUGAGAAAUCCAGACGCAAGGCUACAAUUGGGGAAUGAAGGACGCAAAAAGGUUGAGAAAAUGUACAUGAAGCAACAUAUGUACAAACGUUUCGUCGAUGUUCUUGUCAAAUGCAUGAGACCAUAAACACUUUAGUUCAUCACAGAAUUAUUGAGUAAAAAAAAACUGAAAUUUUGUUUGUGGAGUUAUUGGAUUUUGGGGAACAUAUUCAUAGAA